UCCUACCUGCAGUGUCAGUGGCUGAAUAAAGCAUCCGGUUAAAAUAUGCAAUUUCCUAUCGACGCCUACCGCCAGCCGUGGGAGACUGAUGAGAACUGGGAGCUCCGGCGGGAGUUCAUCACGGCCAACGACGGAAAGGUCGAGGAGGUCUGGUUGCUGAGCCUAUCGCAGGCGUUCGUCAACACGAAGACUCUACGCUGCACCUAUCCCGCCGAAGUGUGCUCCGAGGUUGCCGAGUUGUCCAAGAACGUGGAGAGGCUACCCGAGCUGCUCGCCAAGCGGCGCCAGAACAGGAACAUCUUGUUCCCGAAGGAGCCGAAGCCAGGCGCUGCCAACAAGAAGGCGCGGUAUCCGCCGCUUGUGCUGCGGUGAAGGCACAACGGCAAUGGACGCUUCCUUACGACAGCUGACAACAGCGUCCAAUCUACAUUAAUGUCACCUUCAAAUUAAAGCCAUCCAGAAA